CAAAAGCGCGGGAGUAAUCAUAUUCGCGUGACGGCAUCUAGGCAAGGAAGAUCGAUCACUUUUUUUUUAUGUUGAUCCGCAGCUGCGGCGCGGCUGCUGUUCGUGCGACGAAAUGAGAGGUCGAUUCUCUCUCUCUCUCUCUCUCUUUCUCUCACCCGCUGUCUCCCGCCGAAUGCGCCAAGAAAGCGCGCGUAAUUAAUUGACUUUACCUACCGUUGAACAUUGUUUGCGUUUACCGAUUCGAAAGGUAGUAUUAAAGAAAUGUCAAGUCGCCGGUGUCGCGUGUAGUUUAUCUCAAUUCUUCUUCUUGUGCUCCGGUUUGUUAUGAAUCCGACGCGAUCAUUCGUGCGGCUACCGAAAGACCGCCCGCUUCUCGAAUUGGGAAUUCAAUUGAGAAUAAUCACCGAAUUUCGGGUUUCAAUGAGAGCAACCGGUGAUAGUGCGCGCGUAUUAGUAUUGGCAAAUAAUCGCUGAUAGUACGCGAUGUUCGUGCCGAUUAUAGCAUCUGAGAUUGUUCACCCAAGGAUAAGCCGAUGUUGACAACAAUGUCUGAAUUUAAAUUUUCUACAAAAAAUAAGAUGUAUGAGGACGGCGCUGUGGAGCUGUUGCAAAAUUUCGACGUUAGCGAGGACGCUCCCAACUCGUCGAACGACAGCUUGAACGAUCAGCACCUGCUUCUGGAUUGCGACAUUUGCGGUGAGCGUUUUACCUCGAAGAAACCGCUGCGUGUCCACAUCAACACUCAUUUGAGGAAGCUCCGUAUUGUCCUCAAGAGGGUAGCGAAUCCGAAAGUGGUGAAGGUGAAAAAAGAAACGUACUGGCUGGAUCCUGAGAAGACCGGUUUGUUGAAGUUAACCCUGAAGAAACAAAACGUAGCCGCCGAAUCCUUGAAGCUUACCUUAAAAAAGAAGUCCUCGGAAUCGGAAGAUUUCACUGUAGUGAACAAUAACUGUUAUCCUGUUAUUCAGUACUAUCAACAGAGAGACGUGGCAGGUGCUAAGGAAAAUGAUCCACGAGUUGAUAAGGCAGCGGAGAACUCUAUCAACGAACCUUUCGAAAACGUGAUGGUGGACCAACAAGAUGAUUACGACAAUGUCAAGUUGGACACCGACCAUCAAAAUCCUCUGGAAGAUAAUGAAAGACCGUCCACAGAUAUUAAUGAGAGCGACUCUGAUGUAGGGAGUGAUAUGGCAAAUCCAGUUGAGAAGGAUGAUCAAAAUGUCGAUGAUACACCAAAUACCGAUAACUGUGACAGUUCUGAAAAAAGACUUUCAGAAUCUGAAGAUCAUGAGGAUACGGACGCUUUGGAAGCGACAUGUAGAGAAACUAUUGAAAACUUGAAAAAACUCGGUGAACAAUCAAGUUCCAGAUCGGCUAGUCAAUUAAUUGACAAUUCGUCAGUAGAAGAAGAAGAAGACAGAAGUGGAUCUAAUAUAAUACAUAAUCUUGAACAGAAUCCUUCCAUCAGCAUUAAUCCAAAGUCUUUCACAUUUUCUAAUCAUGCAAUUGAACGCGCUCCGGUAUGCAAUAAUGAAGAUAAGAACAGAGAAUCGACUGAUGCAUCGCAAACACAAAAUUUCAACUGGAAUCAACUAUCUGAUUUAUCAAAUAAGAGCAAUGAAGACUUCAAUAAGGAAGAUAAUGAACAACAGGGGGAUACUUGCAGCGAUGCUAACAUGGAUAAUGCUGGAUCGAUUUUGCAAAGCUUUCUCAUUGAACAUCAAAGGCGCAAUCCAAAUGAGGUGUCGUUGUCAAACAAUAUGUCAUCUAGCGAAACGGCAGAGUACGUGCCCCUUGAGAAAUUAGCGGAGACUGUCAACACAUGUCGAGUUUGUAAUGAAAAAUUCAAAGACAUUGCCCAUCUAGAUGAACACCGUAGUAAAGCCGGUCAUUAUCAAUGUAAUAUACCAGAAUGCACCAAUCUCAUCUUCCACUCUAUGGUGGAGGUAUCGAUACAUCGGGCACAGGUACAUGGUACCCCACUCUCGCCGAACGUGAGCCAACUGUCGCCUCAUCAUUUGCCGUCGAACACAAAUACAUCACACUUGAGCCAAGCCACACAUUCGCCUCAUGCCGUUUCUGCCCCGUCCGUAGAGGUAUCGUCAACGAAUGGUUCGCAUCCACUCAGUAGGACAUCACCCUUAACGUCACCACAUCAAAGGCAUUCACCGACAUUUAAUGCGGCGGUGGCAGCAGCGGCAACAGGCGGUGCUACUGGCCAACAAAUGCAAAUAUCACCGGUAAACUUUGAACAACUACCACCACCUGUACAGCAACUGGCCCAGCAAGUGCAGCGUAUGCCUCUUCCACAGACGCAAAUGCCCCCUAGUCUUCCUCCAGGAGCCAACACAAUGAUACCUGCACCAAAUUAUUUUGUACAACCACCAGGACGACCACCAUUGUAUAGAGUACCUGGACCACAAGGAAUACAUUAUCCACCCCAUAUGGCGCAUUUGUAUCAAUAUCCUCCGGGUCCAUAUCCUCAAAUACCUGCACCUCCUCCGCAAAUGCAUCCCCAAAUACCCCAACAAGUUCCACGGGGACGGUAUCCGUCGGCAUCUGUUGUUCAAAACAGCAGGGUACCGAGGUUACCACAAACCACGGGUCCAGUUCCUCGUCAGCGCAUGAAAAGGCCUUUGCAACAACCUAUAACGCAACAAAAUAACGUUUCUGCAAAACAGAGGCGAAUGGAUGUUCUAUUACCUGAUAGAAAUGAAGACGCAGACUGCCAUGUUAUAGCUCAACAGAAAAGAAAUGACGGACUACCUGUUAUUCAAAAUGUUCAAGGAGCUACCACACAACAAACUAGAAAUGAUUCUACGAUACAUCUCACAGAUUCAAUCACUUUAAGUGUUCGGCAACCUGGUUCCAUCCCAGCUCAAGUCCAGAACACGUCGAACCCGGGAGGAAAGAAAUCCGAUGCCAAGGCGGUGGCGAAUGUCCUCGCGGCUCGAGGUAUAACCGUUACUCCAGCUGCAAAUAAAAAUAAGACAAGUGAACAAAACAAACAGCAAAUACCUUCCCAGCAGCAGCAGAGGCCAUCACCUUCACAGCAGCCUUUAAAUGUUACAGCGCUCAAUCUGAAUUCUGCUAUUUCUAUCAUACCAACUAGUUCACAAAGAAAGCAACAAGAAGGGCAGUUUGCUGUUCCACAAAAUAAGCAAAACAAAUCGCCAAUCAAUGACCAAGUCGAGCGACCUCCAAGACCACCAACAGUGGAUCUAACGCAGGAUACUCCACCGCAGAUGCCAGUAGUUAGACGUGGUCGACCGCCGAGAGCAUUAUUAACGUGUCAGGUAUGUGAUAAGAAUUUUCAAAAUCAAGAUAUAUUGACGCAGCAUAUGGCAACUCAUCGAACGACCAGCAAAUUGCUUCACAGGUGUAACCUUUGUCCAGCUCAAUAUCCCACAGUUCAGGCAUUGACAACGCACAAACAGACUUACCACAAGGAAGUUGAUACCGUGGCACAAAACGGAGGUACGGAAUUGGCUUUGCCUGUCGUGGAUUUAAAGUCGCCACAUGUCUUAAAUCGUUUGGCGAAUUUGGGCAUUCAAAAUUACAUACCCUUGUCGCAGUUAAGUGCUCAAACCGGUGGUUAUUUUGGCUUACCAAUAAUUACAAUAGACGGUGCGAGAAAUACAAGCAGUUGCAAUCUGGGUGCGCUUGGUGCUACCUCCAUAUUAAGUCUCGGUCCUCUUAAACAUAUAUCGAAUGGGUAAUUGGACAAAUUCGCAUUCGGCCUAUUUUACGUGUGCAAUCACACUUCCCCUUGGUUACUAUUCUUCCACUAAAUUGUUUUACUUGUUGCUGUAUUGUCAACCAUGACACACGACAUGUCUUGAUUUCUGAAGAGAAAACCGUGAUAUAGUUUAAGUAAAGUCGUCAUAUAAU